GAUAAAUGAAAUUAUAUUAACUUUUAAUAGUUUAACUAUAUAUUUUAAUAAAUUAAUAAAAACAAAUAAAAAAUGGCAAAUAAUAGUGCUUUAUUUUUUAAUUCUAUAUUAAAAAAUAAAAUAUUAUUGGGUAUAAUUGCAUCCACAAUGAUGUUAUUGACAAUAGGUUUAUUUAAAUCAAUAAAGCCACCUCCAACACCACCCGAAAAUAGCGAUAAAGCCAAUAAUAAUAAUGAUAAUAAAAAUGAUAAAAAUAAUAAAAAUAAUAAUAAUAAUAAAAAUAAUUCAAACAAUAAAGAAUCAGGAAAUAAUAGUAAAAAAGAAGAGGAUGAAUUUUUGCAAGAUUUAAAGAAAGAAAUUAAUAACAAAAACAAUGAUAAAAAUAAUAAAAAUAAUAAUAAUAAAACCAAUAUAAAUAAUAAGAAUAAUAACAUAAGCAAUAAAGUUGAUAAAUCAAACCCAGAUUAUAUUUUUUUACCUCAUCAAGUUUUAUAUCAAAUAUUUGAACAUAUUUCACCAGAAGAUUUCUUAAAUUGUUCAGUUUUAAAUAAAAAAUGGAAUCAGGUUAUUUCUAAAUUAGAUAAAUGUUGGUUUCAAUUUUCCUUUGAUAGAUGGAAUAUAGUCGAAGAAACAACUUUAACAUAUAAAGAAUCAUUUAAAAAGAAAUUUUUAGAAGAAAAGAAAAGAUUAGGAUUUAAACCAAAUGAUUAUAUUAUAACAAUUCAUAGUGAAUGUGCAGAUUUUACAGAGCCAGGAAGAUGGUUACCAGAAAGAAUUAUAAAUCCAAAACAAUUUUGGAAAAAGAGAUUUUUAGAAGAAUUAUCCAAAUAUUUAACAAUGACAGCAUUUAUGUUGAACAACGAGGAGGAAAAUGAAGAAGAGGAGGAAGAAGAAGAAGAAGAAGCUAAUUUAGAUAAUAAAUCAGUUACUGGCACAAUUGUAUUAAAAGGUAAAAUCAAUACCGUUAUUGGUGUAUGGAGAUUUAUAAAUAAAGAAGAUGCUCAAUUAAAAUUUAAAGGCCAAAAAUGGUUAGAAAAACAUUGGACCGCAGAGGACUGUCAAUUUACUGGUGAUGUAGUAGGUUAUUUUAAUUUUUCAUUAUUCCCAUUAGCUAGCGACGAUGAAAUUUUCCAACAAUACAAAUCACCAAUAAUAGAAUUUUUAAGACUACUUACCUAUGGAACAAGAGGAACAUUAACAAGAUUGAAGACUGGCUAUGGUAUGCACUCAAUAGUCUAUGAACAAUGUAAAUUAAAAUCAGUAUUUGGUAAAUAUGGUAUGAAUGAUGGUGAUGCAUUAUUAGAUACUUCACUCGAAAGCAAUUAUAUUAUUCAACUUAUCGAAGAAAUUCAAAACUUUUUAGACAAAAGAGGCAUAGGUGUAAAUAGUGAUGGUAAUGAUGGAAGUGGGGCUAAAGUUACAUAUACAGAUAGAACAUCUCAUAAUCCAAUUCGUUGUACUGGUCACCUUCCAGACGAAGCCUUGCAAUUAGAAAUUGGAAUUUGGAUAUAUAAUGGUUUAAUACUUUCAAAUAAAAAACUAUGGAAUCGUAAAUUAGAAGACUAAAAUAUAUUUAAAGAAAUAUAAAUAUUCAUUUAAUUUAUAUUAAUAAACUUAUUAUUUUAUUUAUUUUAAUUUUU